UUUUAAGCAGUCGAACCUUACACAGCUUAGUAUAACAAUCGUCUUUGCAACAUUUCUUUGAAAAGUAGUUUAAAAAUGCCAAGGCCGACAAAAAACGUCUCGUUCUUGUUCCCUACGAAAUCGAGUAACCUGUCGGUGAUUGUCGACGAUGAGGAUUUCGUGGAUCUGGAGGAAGGUGAUGAGCAUAAGAGUAACGUCAGCCUGAACACAAAUUUAACGCGAGCUCAAAGUCUUAUUUUGGACUACAAGCAGUUCAAGGCCGCUCGCACAAUUCAGCGCUAUGCUCGCGGUUGGAUGGUUCGCAAUCGUCAGAGAAAACUAGAAGAGUCUGCGAUCGUAGUUCAGAAAUGGUGGCGCCGUUUCCAGACCCAGAGAAAUUUCCUUUUUGUGGUCGAAAAGUUACUGCAGGAGGCUAUGUGGGCCCAUUACCAAAGAUCUGCCACCCUGGUUCAGACCCUCUAUCGCGGCUGGUGGUCGCGAAAGCACAUUUUCGAUCUCACCGUCUUGAAGAGCCUACAGAACACCCUGGCCAAGGAUCUUAUCCACACUUUGGUCAAGGAUUUGCACUCGACCAAGAAUUCCCAGCUGCUGCCUGGCGUUUACACGAUACGAGAUUCGCGAAUUUGCUUGAAAACUUUGGAGCAGCUGAUGGCAACUUUUGGAUACCGCUAUUAUAAUGCCCAGGCUUGUUACAAAAUGAACAAAACAUUGGCGACUGUGGCGCAGGCACGAAAGACCUUUAAGUCAGCAGAUUUUUUAACGGAUAUACCAUAUGCCGGUUUUAAUGACCGCGGCUUUUGUGUAAAUAAGCAGCUUUCGAGUACGAGCCUUAACAAAAGAGAUACUGAUCAUUUUGAGUUGAUUCGCACAUUUUUGGCCGGCUAUCGAAAAAUGGACUUGUCAAUAACGGCUAAGAUCGAACAAAAAGCUAUCAAUUUGGCUGAAGAACUUCGUUUAAUAAAAAUACAAGAGAGGGAGAACAAAAAGAAGAGUUUUGUCAAGCGCAUUUUCCUUGACAUGAGAAACUGGCACCAUCCGAAUGGGGAGCCAUUUCUUCCCAGCCACAUUUUCAAGAAAAAUGACAUGGUUGUAGUUCUGGAUAAUGCAAAGAAGGCCCUGGAGUUUGAGUUUGGUCAACUGGAGCCCUGUGUUUGUCCCACAACCGAAGACUUGGACUACCUUGCAAACCCCCAAUGAGUUAUUCUCAACUUUGUAUAUUUUCUAUUUCUGAAAGAUUUAAUUGUAUC